GAAUCAGCUUCCGGCCGGGGUGGAGCGCGUGGAUCACGCCGAGUUGCCUCUCGCGCUGCGGGUCGGGCGGCGCGAUGCGGCCGCUGACGGAGGAGGAGACCCGCGCCCUUUUCGAGAAGCUCGCCCGAUACGUCGGCGAGAACAUCCAGCUGCUGGUGGACCGGCCGGACGGGACCUACUGCUUCCGCCUGCACAGGGACCGCGUCUACUACCUCAGCGAAAGGCUCCUGAAGCUGGCUACAAAUAUUCCACGGGACAACCUGGUGUCCCUGGGCACCUGCUUUGGAAAAUUUACCAAGACUCAGAAAUUCCGGCUCCAUAUCACUGCCCUGGAUUACCUCGCCCCUUAUGCCAAGUACAAAGUCUGGGUGAAGCCUGGAGCAGAGCAGUCUUUCCUUUACGGGAACCACCUAUUGAAGUCCGGUCUGGGGCGCAUCACUGAGAGCACUGCUCAGUACCAAGGAGUGGUGGUGUAUUCUAUGGCUGAUGUCCCCCUGGGGUUUGGGGUGGCAGCCAAAACCACCCAGGAGUGCCGAAAAGUGGACCCUAUGGCAAUUGUGGUAUUUCACCAAGCAGAUAUUGGCGAGUACAUACGGCAUGAGGACACACUGACUUAAUGAACGGGGCAGAAUUCCUCCCGUCACUCUUAGGCAACUGGCAUCUUUAAAAACUGUUCUGCGCUUUAGAUUGUAUGACGCCCUUUUUUGUGUAACCUGGAAGGACUGGCUGAGCAGGUGAAAUGUGAUUAUUUCCCUGCCGUCAUU